AAUAUUUUUAAAAACUUUGGCAUUGAAAACGUACUGUUUAAAAAAAAACUGUUUCACAUCAUUUCUUCUUGAAGUGCAUUUAUUAAACGCUUUAGUGAAACAUUUAUUAAUUUAAAUCGAUAUUAAGUAUUGACAAAUUCAUAGUCGUAGUCGUAGUCAUUUAUUUUAAUUAAUAAAAUUAAAUUAAUUAAAUUAGCCAAUUUUUUAAAUUAAUUUUAUACUACUUCUACUACUACUCGCCUAAUAAAAUCAAAGUCUGUUACUCUUGUUAACUCUAGUUUCUACUCUACUACUUUACUACUACUCAUCAACACUAAAUGAUAAAUGACUAGACUAUACUAUGUCAUUAGACAUUAGAUUAAUAAUUCAAGUAAAAAAAAAAAGACGUUUCAUUUUCAUCAAGUUCUAAAUAACUAUUUAAAUUUAAUUGAAAAUACUAUUACUAUUUGAAUUUGACUUAUUAUUUAGUAAUUUAUAAUUUAUAUAAAUUAAAUAUAAUACUAUUAUUAUUACUAACACUUAACUUAACAUUAACACUAACUAAUGUAAAUGUAAUUACUACUGAUACUAUUGACUAAUAAUACUAAUAUUACUAUUACUAAUAAUAAUACUACUACUUAAUGACUAUGCUUUAUUAUUAAUUUUAAUACUAAUACUUUUACUAUACUUUAAAUUAAUUUAAAGUUUAAUAAUAAAGUAAUAAAGGCCUAAUUAAUAAAAUUAACUGAGAAUAAGAAUAAUAAUAAUCAAUUAAAUUUUUUAUGGAAUAGGCCUACAUAUGUUAAUAAUAAUAAUUCAAUAAAAUUUACAAUGUCAACCAAUGCUACUAGAAAAGACUGACUGACGUAUUAUUAUUGUGAGUUAAGGGUACAUCAUGCCAUUGCCAUGCCUAAAAUAUACUGAAUGAAUAAAUGUAUACAGCAUAAUAUCGGCUUUAGUAUGGUAAUAAUUUUUUUUCAAAUUACUAAUUAUCAUUUGUCUAAGGUAGAGAUGUUCUUCCUGAGACUGAGAUAGCCUACACCAAAAUUAAUCUAAGUCUAAGACAUGGGAAAACUUGAAUCCUUAAGAAUUUUUUGUGUCAGCUGGUUCAUAGCGGCAGCAUGUUUACAAACAAGCCAUGGUGCUUCACAACAGCCAAACAUCAUCCUUAUUGUUGCUGAUGAUUUGGUAAGUAUCACUUUCUCAAGGACGGGAUGUUAAAAAUGAUUAUGAUAAGCUCCUAAUUUUUAAAAUGAAAUGAAUCAAUGAUUUAUGUAGACUGCAAACUUGCUUAGUUAAUCAAAUUAAUUCCAAAACUGUAUUGUAUGUAUUGCCUUUCAGCUGUGUACAGAUUCAGGAAAAUUGUUCUGGCUCUGGUAAAAAAAAUAGAAAAUAUACAAUUUAUAUAUAUUUUUUUUUUUUUAAAUUAAUUUUUUAUCCACUGAAGAGCUUAUGUUUUAUGUGUGUAAAAAGAAAUUACGCUUUGAUCCCUACAUUGCCAUUAAUAUUAAUAAAUCAUUUGGUACUUUUGAUCAUUUGCUGAGGACUUGCGAAGUACAAAAAUUGUAGAAAACACCUGAUCUAUUUAACUCUACUAUUAGAACUCCACAUCUAAUAAUAGUUUUUAAAAUUGAAAGUUUAGUAAGAAAAUAGUAAUGAAGGAUGUUUUUCCAUGUAGUCUGCAGUUAAUAGUUCUGGAAUAAAAAAAAUAUCAAAGAAAAGAUUAUUAAAAAUAGAUGGCAAAAUAAUGCAACUUGCCUUAUAUACUACUUUCUCAGUACUGGGUUAACCAAAAAGCCAAAUAGGCAAUUGAGGAUGGGUCCCUCAGCAUUUAAGGGGCCCUCUCCUUGAUAGAGAACCUAAUUUUUCUGCACUGAUAUUUGAAUACUUAUACUGGGUUAAUUUUUUAAUUGUAAUUACCAAUACCUAAAUAUUUUUUAAUUUAUAAAAAAAUGUGUAUGUGUGUGGGGGGGGGGGGGGGGAAGGGGGGGUGGCACUCAGAUUUUAACUGCCUAGGGGCCACAGAAAUCUGUUUCCAGCACUGUACUUUCAUACAUGUUUAAUUAUCAUUGAUGAUAUUGUGUAACCAAGACAGUUUACACUUUCAUGAUGAAUCAUAUGUCUGUUAUUUAACCAUGUUAGUGAUCCAGUUGUUUUUUUCAUUGCAGGGCUACAAUGAUGUGAGUUUCCAUGGCUCUGAUCAGAUACCAACCCCCAACAUUGACUUUUUGGGCUACACAGGCAUAAUUCUCAAUAAUUAUUAUGUGAGUCCCAUCUGCACGCCAACAAGAAGUGCCAUUAUGACAGGCAGACAUCCUAUCCACACAGGUAACUUGAAAUAAAGUUAUUAUGUUUAUUUUGAAAAAAGGAUUAUAGAAAAAUUAAUAUUCUGCUUGGUUUUAGGUGGUAAAAGCAGUUUUAGCAAUGUUUUUAUGUUCUUAAGUAAUGAGCUUAAAUUUAUAAGGGCUGGACUGAUUUAUGAUGCACUUCAUUCUGGGAAAGUUUAGGAGAACAUUUAAUUUUUAAGGGUCUGCAAGCUUAUUUAAUAUAUUAUUGAAAUAUCUCCAUCAGGAAAAUCUUAAAAACAAGUUUCUUUACUCAGAAGAUUUAUCAUGUGGGCUGGUAUAUUAUAUUCUGUUAUAUGCAAAAGCACAAUUAAGUGUUGAGUGCAACAUCAUAUAAAAAGAACUGUACUGUAAAAACCUAAAAUCAUAAUUUACAGCCUAUAAAAUGUUGUAAUAAAUACUCAGAGUUUAAUUAAUUAAAACAUAAAAGUCACCUCAGUUUUCUAAAUGUUUGUGUUUCUUUAGGCAUGCAGUCAGGGGUCAUAGUCGGCACCCAGCCUUACGGACUGCCACUGAAUGAGACCAUAAUGCCCCAGUACCUCAACAAGUUAGGCUAUCGCUCUCACAUAGUCGGGAAGGUAUUGUCAUAAAUUCUAUAACUUUCUUGAAAUAGAUACUAAAACUUUGUGUUCCGUGGUGUGGUAAAUGGUGCAAUGCAUUUAUCAGAUGAUCUUCAUAAAUUAAUGUUCAUGAAUCUAAUUCCAUUUCCUGUUUAUGAACACUUUGCUACCGGCCAAUUUUAAGGAACAAACUCAGACACAAAAUUUUAAGGCAGGCUCUCAUACUCAGUGAAGAAGUCUUUGAGCUGGAAUAUCUUUUUUUUUUCAUUUAUAUGCAUUCCAGAGGCGAUCAGAAAAUUGGGUGCAACAGUUAUCAUCUCCUGCUUGAUGUGUUAUAUGUCUAUGUUAAUGUAAUUAGUCAUUGAACAAGGUUUUUCUGCUAACAAAAUUGUGUUCAAUUAAAGUUUAGUUUGUUUGAAAGAUUUUAUUAUUUUUAUAUACUUAUUAUAUAUAAUGGUCCUUAUGUGUGGUUGAGCAGGUAUUUUAUGUUAUGGUAAUUUUAUAAGGCAGUGGUUCUCAACAUUUUCCCACUGAGAGUUAUGUUUGAUUGUUAGAGGCCACCUUCUCUCUGACAUUAGAGGGCAAAUUUAAAACCAAAAUAUUUUUUUUCAUUGUAAAUUUAUAGGAAAAUAUGGUUUUUUUUUUUUAAUUUAUUCAAAUUUUUGUCAUUUACAUUUCUGAUUAUUGGUGCUGCUAACAAAGCUCGAAACAUAUGCUGAAAGAAAGUGAAAAUAAUGAUUUUAAAACUAUAAAAUGAAGGACAAAAAAUGGUAAUAAGAGGGAGAGACUGCAAUCGGGUUAGGUAAAAAGAAAUGAGUGAAACAAAAUAUAGGAAAACCUAUGUCCUUUCUUUUUUUUUCUUUAGGUUUUCCCAUACUUUGUUUCUCUCAGUAAAAAAAAUUUAGUAGGCUACACUAACAUACUUGAAAUUUACUUCACUAAGCAUAUACUAGGGGGUCUACUGUUGGUUGGGGAUCUGCUAUUGUACAUCUUAUGAAACGUAGCUAAAAUAAAUGAAUUAUUUAAUUAUUUUUUUUCAGUGGCAUUUGGGCAUGUUCAAGUGGGAGUACACUCCCCUCUAUAGAGGAUUUGAGUCUCAUAUCGGCUACUACCAAGGCUGUGAGGACUAUUACACACAUACAUAUGAAGCUGACCUGGUAUGUACUGUACACAAAAUGCUUGCAGCCAUCAAUGGCAAGCUGCCAUUGCCUUCUGCGCCGUAGCCCAGAAUUUAGCUCAACUAAUUCAAAAUGGAACCGAAAAUUCACAAUUAUUCUUUUUAUUUGUUUCUGUCCCCAUGUGUUUCCUAUCCACAACAUUUAUUUUAAAUGGGGCACCUAUCCUCAACAUUAAGUUUGAAUGGGGCACCUUUCACAACAUUAAGUUUGAAUGGGGCAUCUUUUCACAACAUUAAGUUUGAAUGGGGCAUCUUUUCACAACAUUAAUUUUGAAUGGGGCACCUAUCCACAACAUUGAGUUUGAAUGGUGCACCUAUCCACAACAUUAAGUUUGAAUGGGGCAUCUUUUCACAACAUUAAGUUUCAAUGGGGCAUCUUUUCACAACAUUAAGUUUGAAUGGGGCAUCUUUUCACAACAUUAAGUUUGAAUGGUGCACCUAUCCUCAACAUUAAGUUUGAAUGGGGCAUCUUUUUACAACAUUAAGUUUGAAUGGGGCAUCUUUUCACAAUAUUAGGUUUGAAUGGGGCACCUUUUCACAACAUUAAGUUUGAAUGGGGCAUCUUUUUACAACAUUAAGUUUGAAUGGGGCACCUUUUCACAACAUUAAGUUUGAAUGGGGCAUCUUUUUACAACAUUAAGUUUGAAUGGGGCACCUUUUCACAACAUUAAAUUUGAAUGGAGCACCUAUCCUCAACAUUAAGUUUGAAUGGGGCAUCUUUUCACAACAUUAAGUUCGAAUGGGGCACAUAAGUACUGGCCCUUGAUGUUGUAGCGAAUGUUCUUGUAUCAUCCAUAAGUUUGGAGUUAUGCCCAUUAAAAUAAGUCCUUCUCUUUCACUGCAACAGGAGCCUGGGACUUCACCUCUUUUUGUCACUUCUACAACGAUAAAAACAUCUUUGAUUUUAUUCUCAGCUGUAUUCUAAUAAAACUAAUUUUUCAUCUUUUAAUUUGUAGCUACUAUUGGCUCCUCUAUGCUCUAAACAUAAAAACACUUACAUCAUCAUUGUGUAAACUUUAUAUAUAUAUAUAUAUAUAUAGUGACUCAGUUCAAUGUCAUGUGCUAGCAACAAUGGUUGCCUUAUUUUAUUUUUUUUACGCAUUUGAUGUGGUAGAUCAUAGUUUAUAUAUCACUGUGUGUCGGGGUUUGUCACAGUGUGUAUCAUAAUAUUUGCAACCCCAGAAACAUGAGAUACUCUUCUUCUUAAUUUUAAAAUAAAUAAAUGAUGGUUUGAUUUAUUCAGUUUAGAACAUGCAAAACCCAUUGACUGGAUUGUAUCAAUUUUAUUAUGAUGUGAUUUAUCUCCCUUUUAUGAUUAAUAUAUUCCUUUUUUUCUGGUAAAGGGGUUUAUUGAAUUCGAUAACUGGCUGCUAUAUCAUUUUGUAUCACAGCAUUGAGUAAGGUCAUCAUCUAAUCCGCAGAGCCAGUGGGGACUGGACUUCAGAAGGGACAAAGAAGUGUUGUGGAACUACACCGGGAAAUAUUCUACUGAGGUGUUCAAGGAAGAAGCUGUUAAAAUCAUCAAUGAACAUAAUAAGUCGCAGGUGUGUCUUGUGGGGGUGUAGGAGAUGUGCAUGGAUGAGUUGUAUUGUACAUUAGUGUUGAGGGGAAUAUGUGUAAAAGGUUUAUUUAUUCUAAGGGUCUAUGACAAUGUGGGUGUCUUGAAGGGAAUAUGUGUAAAAGGUUUCUUUAUUCUAUGGGUCUAUGACAAUGUGGGUGUCUUGAGGGAAUAUGUGCACAAAUCUUGGCCUUAUUCCAUGACAAAAUGAUUAAUUUGAACAUGAGUCACAUGAAUCACCUCUAGAUAUUAUAAUGUGCUAUCUUCAUACUGCAAUAGUUAUCCUUCUUGGCGUGACAUCAGUGAUGUUCCCACCCUUACAGCUGUUGUUCCUGUACCUCCCUUCCUAACCUGACAUCAGUGAUGUUCCCACCCUUACAGCUGUUGUUCCUGUACCUCCCUUCCCAAUCUGACAUCAGUGAUAUUCAGAUCCCUACAGCCAUUGUUCCUGUACCUCCCUUCCCAAUCUGACAUCAGUGAUAUUCAGAUCCCUACAGCCAUUGUUCCUGUACCUCCCUUCCCAAUCUGACAUCAGUGAUAUUCAGAUCCCUAAAGUCAUUUUUCCUGUACCUACCUUUCCAAUCUGAUAUCAGUGAUAUUCCGAUCCCUACAGCCGUUGUUCCUGUACCUACCUUUCCAAGCUGUCCACAGUGGUAAUGGAGACAGCACUCACCUUCAGGCCCCCAAAGAAUACAUUGACAGAUUUGGCUACAUCCAGAAUGAACAGCGGAGGAUCUAUGCAGGUCUGAUUAAAUAUCAGUUACCCCAUUGGGAUUUGCAAAAAAGUCUUUAUCAUGGCCACCUUUUAAAGCAAUCGUUUAUAUCAGAUAAAAAUUUUAUCAUAAUCGAAAAAGGUCCCCAAAAACCUUUGGGUGGGGGGGGGGGGGGGGGGGGGUUGUGAUGUUGUCAUAGAUUGAGAACCACUUUUCUAAUGAUUACUUGCAUUUUUUUUAUGAUUCGCUUUGCAAAAUCACAAAUUCAAGAAUUUAAAGAUUUCAUAUGAUGUAACACACUUUCAGACACAAAUAUGAUCUGACACAGAAUGCACUGUCAGUUUCAGUUCAGUUUAAAUUUUUUAAAAAAGUAAUUUAUCACUUCAUGAAAUAUAACAUACGGAACAGAAUCAUCUAUCAUUAACAUGAUAAAUAAGAAAGAAAUUAAAUUCCCUAUAUUUACUAUCAACCCUUUAAACAUUAUUGAUAGUAAUAAUAUUCGCCAUCAACUAUUAAAAUAUCAAUAAUAAUUUUCACCAUCAACCAUUAAAAAAUCAAUAAUAAUCUUCACUAUCAACCAUUCAAAAUUUAAUUAUAAAAUAAAAUAUUCACUAUCAAACAUUUUUUUUCAAGGGACAAACUUAUACACCUUAAAGCAAAGGGAUUUUACUUUAUUGAUAUUACCUCCCUUAUAAUGCCUUUUUAAAUUGUAUAUGAAUAUGUCCAUCCAUGUUUAUUACAAUUUCCUCCAGCAAUGGUGUCUGCCCUUGAUGAUGCCGUAGGUGAAGUUUACGAUGCCCUGAAGAACACUGGCAUUCUGAACAACUCCAUCAUUGUGUUUACUACGGACAAUGGGGGACCGGCCAAUGGAUUUGACUUCAAUGCUGCCAACAAUUACCCCCUCAGGUUACUUCCUUUCCUUAGAUCCCCACCAGUUAACCUUAUGAAUUUUGUCUUCGUCCACUGCUUAUUUGUUUCUUUGCAUUUGAGUUGCAGUUUCUUCUUCUUCUAUAUCUUAAGGGCCCAUGAUCAAUUUAUUGAUCAUUUUGGCUCCUAUGCAUGUAGAUGGGAUUUGCAAUGUUUCUGUUACUGGUGUUGAUGAGGAAAUCAUGCACUAGGGGUUUGAAGGCUUGAGGCAAUAGACACAAAUGUGUCUAGUGUUGUUGCCUCAACCGUUCCUUUUGAAAGAUUGUUCCAGUCCCUGAUUGUCUUGGGCAGGAAUGAGAAGCUCCUAUACUGGCUUCUUGCUGGUAUGAGCCUGAAUUGCCUGUCAUGGCCUCGUCGCUGUCUAUGGGGGAGAGGGACGAGUUUUUAAAAGCUAUCAACAUCACACAGGAACUAUCUUUAUAUUUGAUUCAACAUUUUUUUUUCUCGAGGUAUUUAUUCUGAAAAAUUCCUAUUUGAAAUUCAUUUUGUCUGGAGUCCAUCGGUAUUGAUCAUUUUGCUGGUUAACUGAUAUUAAAAAUCCUUUGCGUUUGGUGUUUUAAAGAGAUUCUUCAAAAAUGUUCAUGUCUUUAAAAUUUAACUAUUGACUUUUCAUACUCUUAAAUAACUUAAUUGUGGUGCUGAAAUAAGUGUGGAAGAUAAUAUGUUAACGUGUUGGAGUUAUUUAUUACAAAAAUCGUCCGUUUAAUUCAGUGAACCACUAAAAAACAUUGUUUUAAUUUUUUUCAGGGGUGUGAAGGCAACACUGUGGGAGGGUGGGGUCAGGGGUGUCGGGCUUGUACACAGUCCACUCCUUGAGAAGCAGGGGUACGUCUCUGAGCAGAUGCUCCAUGUCUGUGAUUGGUUGCCAACAUUUUUCAAAGCUGCCGGUGGUGACACAUCUGCUUUAAAAAAUCUUGACGGGUUCGACUCCUGGGAGAUGCUAAGCUCAAAUGGUGCUGCAGUGCGAUCUGAGAUUUUACAUAACAUCGAUCCUGAUGAUGAUUCAUCUGCCAUAAGAGUUGGAGAUUAUAAACUUUUAAUAGGAAAUGUUGUCUCCUCUUGGGAUGGCUGGUACCCACCCUACCAACUGAGUGGUGAUGAGCAAGCUCUCCAUUUUUCUAAUUUCACAGAGGGCAGGUCUGAUUUAACCAAAGGUGAGACCAAGCUGAGAGACAGGUUACACAAGCAAUAUAAUAAAUUUUGGCCACCAGAAGUGUCGUCUCGAAUGAAAGAACUGUACACUUUCUUAGAAGACAGUGAGGUUUAUGCAAGAUACAGGCACUACCAGGCAAAAACAACAAGUAAAAUAAACCCUAGUCAAAGCCACAAUGGGGAUUCAAAGUUGGCUUUUGUCCCUGAGGGACAUUUAUGGAGAGGUGAAAAUGAAUACAAUGCCAUGAACCUCAGAGGUUCUCCGGUAAAGUUGAACUGUGGGCCAAAACCAGCCAAUGCAAGCAGCAACUGUAUCCCAUCAGUAGCACCUUGUCUGUAUCACAUCCCCUCGGAUCCUUGUGAAUAUUACAACUUGGCAUACACUAAGCCAGAAGUGGUGAGUUUUUCUGUAAAGUUUUCAUGAAAUUUAGAGAAUACCAACUGUUUAAAUGAGUCCUUGCUGAAAGUAGAUAAUGCAUGCUUUAAUUAGAGUAACAAAAAACCUGUAUCUCCUAUUGAAUUAUUAUUUUUUUUUUUGUAACAUGAUUUCCUCCAAAGUGUUUAACCGCAAUAAUUUAAGUAUAUGUGGCUUCACCUUAAUUUACCAUGGCUGCUCUCACAACCUAAGUAGACCUUAUGAUUUCCCAUUUGGGGAUUUUAAAUUUGUUAAUAUUAUUUUUUAGAAGGGAAAUAAUUGCAAUAAUUGCAAUUUAAUAAUUUAAAUGCUCUUUAACAUUUAUCAUUUCAUAGUAAUUAUUUCAUUGAGAUAUUAGCACUGUUAAGGAAAUGAAAAUUGUUAGUUUCUGAUUUGAAUUAUUAUUUGUUUAAAACUCUUAUUAUGUAAGGGAUAGAUGUAUAAAACAAUUUUUUGUAAAUUAUUCCCUUUAAAAAAAUGAUUAAAUUGUGACUGACUGUUAGCAGUCCUUUGAUGCGCGAUGACUUCUGGGUUACAUCCUCCUAAAGUGAAGAAAGUUUAAAAUUAUUCCUGACUUUAAUCAUGCAACUUGUUUUUUGUUUGAAAGGUACAUAUAUACUGAUUUCUUGCCUAUUUAACUGAAUGUUUAAAAUAAAAAUACCAUAUCAUCUGCAGGUGACAGAACUUCUUAAUCGUCUGAAGACUUACGUCAGUACAAUGGUCCCACCUGGCAAUCAACCCUAUGAUGAUCGUGGCAACCCAACACAUCAUGGGGGGGCAUGGGUUCCCUGGCAAUAGAAGCAUUCCUUAUUUCAUCGAUAUAAUUCAAAGUAUAUUGAAUAUAAAUAUUUUUAUAUUUAUUGACACUUAUAAAAUAUAAUUAGAAAGAUCUAUGCAUUGUGUGUUAGUGCCAAUGUUAAUCUGGGUAAAACUAGUCAUAAGUUCAUGGAGUGAUACACAACCAACAAUACACAUGACAUUUUUCUUUAUUUUAUAAAGUAAAACAAUAGAAACCAUUAUUGUGAUUAUCAAUAUUAUGCUGUGUGGGAGACUUUGGCUUGAGUAUUUUUUUUUUUUUUUAAAGUUACUCAACAUGUUUAGGUAUGUACAAAUCUGCAUGUUUACAAGGAUAUUUUAUAUUUGAUUAUAAAUCUUUCCUCUGUUGCUUAUUCAAAUUUUGUUUUUUGUUUUUUAAAUUCAAGUUUAUGAAAUUAUAUAACCCCAAAGCCAAAAGGGACAUGACUCAAAUGUGACUCCAUUUGUCAAAGUUUUAAUCCAUGCUUCAAUUUAAUUUAUGUAAUUUAACUUUGAGGCUAUGAUUUCAAUUUAAUUUAUGUAAUUUAACAUUGAGGCUAUGAUUUCAGUUUAAUUUAUGUAAUUUAACUUUGAGGCAAUCAUUUCAAUUUAAUUUAUGUAAUUUAACUUUGAGGCAAUCAUUUCAAUUUAAUUUAUGUAAUUUAACAUUGAGGCUAUGAUUUCAAUUUAAUUUAUGUAAUUUAACUUUGAGGCA